AUGGAUGAGCAUUCAAGUUCAAGCUACAAAGAUGAACAGCAAUAUAUGAGAGUUUUGGCCGAGGACAGUUUUGACUUAGAAGAAGACGUCAGGGAAGGAUCCAAAUCCGUCCCAAAUGGAGCGAGAGAAGAAGCAGUAGAAUCGACGAGGCCAGAUGAGCUAGCAACUCCGGGCUGGACGGCAACCGAGCGCACUAUUCCGUCCGAGGUUAAGUACGAAGUCCUGAGUGAGGAUGAAGAAGAUGAGGAGGCUGAGAUGCUCCGACGCCGCGUUGCAGAGUUGAAUGCGGCCUUGGCCUUGGAACCGCCAAUCGAAGGAGCGCGCCCACCUCAAGCAUCUAGGGUGGCCUUUAAGGAGUCAUUGGUAGAUUUUGAAGUCAGCUUCCCUCCCGAUGAGCUGCAAUCGGAGGCCGAAGAUGAAUCCUCGCAGGCGCUGCACUGUUCGCCUGUCCCUGUCCCCGCAUCGACCGCCGAGCAGAUGCAACUUGAGGAGCGGAGCAUAGAAAAAAGCGUCAUGAAGUUCGCGAAGGUGCAGAGCGUUUGCUCGAGUGAAGCGCCCUCCUUGGGUCCGCCGGAGACUGUUACACGGACCCAACCUGUCAGCCUGGAGAGUUCCCAUCGAAGGAGGCCGCUGACCAAGAGCGGAAGGGGCGAAGCGGCCUCCGAGAUGGGCAGCACCAAAGAUGCUGUAACUUCUGCCUCUAUCAGCGUUUCCAUUUUGAAGAAGAGUGGUGAGUAACAUAUUAUCACUUUGCCUUCCAUUCUUAAGGUCGCACCAUUUGUUCGUUCCAGUUACGAAUGAUUGUGUGGAAUCGGCCUUUGUACGUUCGCGUCAGACCAUACUCAAUGAUAUCUACUACAAAGUGCAGUCAAAAUGCUCCUACUUAUUUCGUUAGUAAUGAGUUUGUCGGUAGGAUGGAAAAGACCCGCGAAACCUUCUAAUCUCCAGAGCCCAUGACGUCCAAGCGACGUUGGCUCAGUGACAAAGCACAGAUUGUACAACGCUGUCAGUUAAGACAAAAAUGUGCGCACGCAGGCGUAAAUGCCAAAAUAUGGUCACGUAAACAGUAUGUUUAUCUUCCUGACGAAAUCAACCAAGCCUCCACCGCUAAAAUAUGCUUUGACCGUGUGUUUCGGACUACUAAAUGACAAUCUUGACAGUGAUCACGAUAGGUUAGUCGUCUACGGUAACGACUGUCCUUAGCCUCUUAAAGGGGGGAGGGGUCGUGGGCGACAGCUGCUUUCCAUAAUGCACCUGUCACCCAAGUAGACAUUAGCAUCACUCCAUACCCGAUUAUCUACCUUGAGGCUUACGAUCGAAACGUCAGGAAAAUAAACGGAUUAUCCCUCAGAUCCUCUGAUCACAUCGGUUACCACUGCGAAUUAUCCAAAUCUUGCAGUCCACGUUAAACCGGAGCGAAAUUUACUUCGACAUUGAAUUCUCGGUAGAAGUGCUAAAUCAUGCCGCCUGAAUCUCACUUGAUUCGCGCUCCUUUUGGCGUUAUAGAACGUAGUGUCAUUGCGAUACUAAUCCGUAAUCCUGCAUAAACGUAUUACUUUUGUGCACGGAAGGCAAACUCCAACGGUUUUUUUACGGAACAGUAGCAGGGCUUAGCGAGUCCUCUCAGAGGACGUGUGUUCACCGGCUACUACCGUCCAAAGCUGAUCAACAUGAUUGGCAUGCACAGCUCAGGUGAAGUACUGUGUGUGACAAGUACCCUGAUGAGGAAAAGGCUGGCGCUGACCGCUGUUCCAUUCUUUAUGCCAGUCGUCGCUACGCUGGAGCCUAUUACUCUCAUGAAGUGCCACUCCGAUACGGGAUUCACACUCUUCUCUCAGGUUUGGGCGGUUGCCUAACUGUGCCCUGUUCAAGUCCAAUCUACUGACAGUCAAUCGGUCUGGGCUAUUGAUUUCGGAUAGACAGUUCAAAUUUGAACUCUGAUAAGUAAAAACCGAAUUUUAUUGAUGGUCCGUAAUAAUCCUCUGACGCAUAUCUUAGUCUGACUCCUUGCCGUCCAAAUACUUUCUUGCUGCACACUGUAACCAAUAGUGAGUUCAAAGGUGUUCAACUGAUCUGAGCACUUAAAGACUCUUGGCGAAUUUUUACAUUUCCCACCGGAUGACAAAGACCUCGUCGAUGAAGCUCAGCAACUUUUUGACACUGUCGCAUCGGGAACCAAGUCCACAACGGUCAUUAAUAUGGUUGUUUGGAUAGUAGUUUAACAUAGUCCAGCCGUUCCAGUCGCCGGCAACAAUUAAGAGAUCACGAUGGGGAGGUUUGCAACCAGUUUGUUAAAACUGCGGCCAGAAGGUCCCUUUAUUAUGCUAGCUGGUUUUAGCACAGGAAAAACGAUAUAGAUAGUUGUCUGGUGUUAUGUUUUGCUGAUUUGGUCUGCGCAUUGUCCUGGUUUGGAUACGUCAGCGGGAGACUGUUAACAAUGCAGUAGCCUACACUGAGGGUGUUGAUGAUUAAGACUAAUUAGUAUGAUAACUAUUAGGUCGGUAGUUUUGCUAAGGAGGGAGAGAAGGAUGACGCUGUUGUUUGGAAGAAAACUGUCUGGCGAUAUGGAGAAAUUCAGAUAUUUGCUUGAUAAAUGGACGUUGAGCAGGAUAAUAUGGACCCGUGUGUUGCAGGUGGACUUGUACUAGAUUCCAGGGGGUUGGUGUCAGGGUUAUGAGGGCUAGGAUUAGUGUUGGGUUAAGCCUAGGAGGAUUAUGGUUAAGAUGUUUAAUGUUAGGGUCAGGGCUUAAUUUGGGACACAGAAAUAUGUGCCCGCUGGCAUUUAGCGCGAGGCCAUCUGUAGUACAGGGGCGGUCUAUAUUCCAGUGUACGACUGAAAGGGAUCCCGAGGUGGAGUUAUGACAGUUGUGCAACGCUUAAAUUUGGCGUUAAGCAGGACGCUUGUAUCUAUAUUCUAUCAUUGUUGCAUAUAUCGCUUCAUUCAUUGUACCCAUUUUACACUGGUUUUGAGCCCAUUUUUAACUCCAGUCUCUAGAGGUGCAACCGCCCAAAGAGGUGCCCCCGCGUAUAUUAAACUCCGUCUACCUGGUAUUAACUAGGCGUGUCCCUUUUCAGAUUCCGGGCGCACGAAGCGCAUUUCACAAGGUGGGGACGUUGAAAGGCACACAGGAAGGCCUGUGCCAAUUUCCCCCAAGAUGAGACCGACUAGUUCAUCGUUGUCACUGCAAAAAGCAAAACCCUCGCGAUCCAGUGCAAAAACGUCGAUCGAAAGGCGCAAACAGCAGGAAGAGGAACAGGAGAGGUCCAGGCUUAUGACCGAGGAGAGACGAAGGCUAAAUGAGAAGGUCAUGCAGGUGAGGCUGCGUCCUUGGUUUAGGACAAGAUAGCUUUAUAUAUAAGACCCGGUUCUUGCUAAACCUCAGUUUUUCGGAUAGUUUGAUUUACAACCCGUUAGAGGGAAUUGCGCAAAAGAACGGUUAUUAUUGGAUCAAAGGGCUCUCCGUAAGGCAGAAUAUCGAGAACUGAGUUUCCAUAGGAAAGCCUCCGCUCCCACAUUCAGAUGUUCCAUCACGUUACUCUUCCCGCAGAGACAAUUUAUCAAAAACCGAUUGUUGUUUAAUAGAAUCCGCUUUUAUUCUCCGGCUGUCCGAUCGGGUCAUUUUAUUGUCGAUUGUAUCAGUUUACCCUCCACCAGCGACGAAGCUUCCGAUCCAUGGUAAAAUGAGUAAGCGACUGCAUGGCAGCUUUUUUCAGAAUUCUGUAGUAUAGUACUGACUUAAACUAUCCCAUUGUGUGAAGUAAUGAUGAAGGUCGGUAGAAGCCAAAAGAAUCCGUUGGCCAUCGCGGUCUCCACAGAAGUAGUCUAUGAGCAAAUCUGCAGCCCAGUAACACAUAUUCUGUUGACUGAUAAUUCUGGCAGAUUGUCUCCCACUUUGAAAUUUUGCUUGCCCCUUCGCGUUCUCCAUUUAUGCACUACUCCGGCUUUAUGGACCACUGCUGACUGCCCUCUUCCUAUGUUGAUUGCGACAGUAGGCAUUUUCAAUCGUUGUUAGAAUGACAUUCUCGUAGUCAUUGGGAGUCAAACGAUUCGCCUCCUUACCUUUUUGACCAUCCGAAAAUUACACAAGUCUCUUUUAUAAACAUGUUUGAGGGUUUUCAAGUAGCAUAGGAUCUAUUGGAACCAAUGCCAGUUAUGGCUUUAACCUCCUGCAUCACAGCCACCGAAUCGCUUUACAUGACAGCCCUCUUCUUACGAAUGUCAAACUGCCUUGUGCUCAAUCAUUGUUUCCAUGGGGAUUGAGUCAGGAAAAAAUCCCGCACUACUGUAAAAUUCAACUACGUGAGACGACGAUUUGGAGUCAUAGUAUAAUUGGGGCUAUAACCAAUAGGCAGUCAGACGCUAUGGGCCGGGGAAUCCGGGUGGAUGGUCUAUGGACAUUGGACGAAGUAGCAAUUCAUAUAAUUGACUGCACACCGGAUAUUUGAUGAACAAAAUAGGCCUUCGUGAGUGUAUGGGACUGUCCGACGCCCGUGGCGUUCUUGUUGAAUCCAAAUGACCUGCUGUCGCUAACUAUCUUCCGGAGGUUUUAUCUGCUACUGCAGCUACUACUGUGAGCAGGAGACCAUCGCCGACGGAGGUUGGAAUUUGAGUGGACGUUAGAGGGAUGGGAUAGGACUAGGAGUUAAAUUGGCAUGGGCGAUGAAGUCCUACGGUGGUGCUAUUGGACAGGGACUUUCCCCUAUCUAGGUCAUUGUCCCUCUGAAAGUCGAAAUGGAGCGGUCGAAACAUAGCCCUUCCGUCGUCCAAGGAACAUGAUUACCCUGUCCUUAGUUCAGUUGGUCAUGCGUGAGGUGACUCAAUAGUAGGAAGGUUUCCCAUCGUUCCUUAUUUCAAUGUUGGAAGUCCCCAUCUUUUUUUUCAAUACACCAACGCAGCGGUUUAUGAUUGUCGUCGAUAGCAAGCGAAACCUCAUUCGAUGGUGGGCGAAUUUACCCACAGAAUGCGACGUUCGCUCUUUCACACUUCAUAAGUGACUUUUACUAGAUCGGUUGCCGACCAUGACAGAAGUUACUGCUGCCGCCUGGUCUGCCGCUGCAUGUUUCCCACCUAAGAUUCGCUGGAGAGACUUCAGCUGUAGACUGCCUGUUAAUGCACAUGGCUGCCAGCAAGUAGAUUGUCAGGCGGGCCCCGUCAUUCGUCGAUUUGUGUUGCCUGCGCUUCAACUGCCAACCAGGACAAUAAGCAUAGCCUAAUUCUGACUUUGGAAGGAUAAAGCCGUGUGCCGAUGAAAACGAAGGGAAGACUUGCGGAGAGCAGUUGAGAAGAUGGGGCUUAGGUCACUGGAAUAACGAUUUUAUUGCCCAAAUUCUAUAUUCACGCUCGAACACACCAUCAGAGUCAGCAGCCUAGAAGGGUAACGUACGCAGAGGGGAUGCGGUGUUUAUAUGAAGCGCUCUCUGUGCCACCGCAUAAUUAAUACAAUUAGCAACUCCUGCACUCCUUGUCGAGGUUCGUACUUGAUGCGAAGAUUGUUUGAGUAACCACCUUAGAGUUGUCAAUGACCACACUUCGUCACCGGUAUCUGAGGCGAUUCUGCAUUUCAAUGCCGUGGUUCUGGAGAUAUAAUUUGCGAUGGUGGACGAAGAGGACAACCGGUUGGCCUUGCUUGAUAUCCUCGUUUGACGCCAAGGUUGUGUCGGCUUGGAAGGACAAAGUUCAGUUACGGGCAAAGAAUCUUAUUGCUCAAAUGUUGCUGUUUUCGAUAGAGGGCGUCCGUUUACCGAUCGUUACCAUACAGCGGGGCUGGGGUUCGUCACUUGGAUAAUGAUACAGAAAGCUAAACCACUGUUUUUCAUGCAUUUUAACCAACAGCGCUACUUUAUCAACUGGUUCGCGGGCCUUGUUACACGAAGUAGCAUCGAAUCACAAUCCUAGAAUCCUAUUAACCUUGGCUGAGAAAACGAAUUUGAGACUUUUAACCGAUGGGGAAAUUUCUUUUUUGUCUUAUAUGCAAAUGAAUUUUUGCUUUCCCGUUUUUCUUCACCUUGUGAUUUUUUGAAACGUCUGCUUAAAGUGGCUGCUUGGACACUACUGUGGUACGUUUUCCGACAAUAUUUGCUUUGAGUGGCAAAUAAUUCUUCUAGUCUUCUGAUAUCAUCCUGUUGCUUUCACUUUGAAGCAAUGGCUUUUGCAAAAGGAGCGAGAGGAGAUGGAACGCAGAUAUCGACAGAAGGCCAUCGACCGAUAUAAUGCAGAACAGGAACAGAUCAAGGCAGUAGGUCACCCUUUUAUUCGUACAGCCUUUGAUUAUACCUAACGUAAUUUCGACAAUUUUAUAAUCAACAGUGUCAAUAGAGUUUCGACUGACAGCGUAAUUUGCCUCACUCUGAGCACUCGGGGCACGUUUCUGCCAAUGUUGACUGCUUUCAGCAAGAGAAGCUAGGGCUACCCAACAACUGAAGAGGCCAUUUCGUGUAGGCCUGUCGUCGCUGGCCACCAAGUAUCUCGAGCACCCCGUCGUUCCCCUGCGUUUACAAUUUUUUUCAUCCCACUUAAUGAACUUGAACGCAGGCGAACAAUCCCAUUGUUCCGCUACUUCACCAUUCUUAUCCCUCAUUAAACUUUUGUACCAUUGCAAUUUACUCCGAACUAUAAGCUAUCUACGAUGUCUCCACGCGUUUAACUCACAAGGGCAGGCUCUUCAAGGUAAUUAAAUUAAUAGAGGCGCUGCUUUUCCGAAGUUAACGUUUAGCCACUUGUGCUGAUCAGACUUGUUAGCACGUCGCUACUUAAAUUGCAUGUGUAUUUUCGUGGCUUUAUGAUGCUUAUAUUGUUUUGUUGUCCGGACCCAUAUUUGGCACGUGUUAGACGACAGUUCCACGUCACGCUAGUCAGUGCGCCCAACUCCGUUUCCAGUUGGUUUCGCUCGGACAGACCUCCCUCUUCACGAUCUGCCGACUGUUUCAGGGGAUUGGAAUGGUCGGACUGGACCCGGUGACUCCACAAACGGUCAUCUUAUUGGCCGCUUUGUGCAUGGUUCUCGAUGUGAAAAUGGUGAGAGAUUGCUGAACUUCUCUGAUCAGAACCGACUGCUUGUCACCAACACGUGCUUCCAGUAUCGCACAAACAUCUGCUGACCUGGUAUUCAAAUGACAGUCAUACGGCCAGCUACGUUGAUUGCAUUCUAGUCAGCUCAAGGUUCCGCAGCUGGGUUCACGAUAGCAGGUCGACGCGUGGUGUCGAGACUGGUCACACCCCUCGGUCGGUCGGACGUGUCCUCGUUCGUACACGCUUGAAAGUACAUCUCUCAUCCGUUCCGAAAACGCCACAUCUUAGACGCCUCGAUGUCGCAACAGUACGACAACCCAGUAUUGUCGACGCCCUAAGCAGAAAAAUCCGGCUCUGCUUUACGACCCGAACCAAAAGAGAAGGCAGUAACAAGUGGUUGUCACUGAAAACAUUAAUCUAUGGGGCAGUUGAGAAAAUUUUUGCAUAUACCUAGCGACGCCGCAGUGACUGGAUCAGUGGGAGAACUCAGCAUUUGUCUGCUCAGGUGGCACAAGCCAGGUCCCGUACUGAUGAUUCCUUCCGACAACUUCGGAAGAUGACGGCAAAGUCGGCCAGGGAUGACCGGAAGCAGUAUUGGGCUGAAACAGCGACCUCCACGGGACAAGCUUCGAACGUUGGUGCCACUCAAAAACUAUCAACUUAUCCGCCAAGUUAAUGGUAAGUUUUCUGCACUGAAUGACUUUUCGCGGUAUGAAUGGCGGCUUUUUUGCUGACAACUCAGUCAAGGUCUAGCGCUGGUGUGAACAUUUUCAGUACCAUCUGAACUCCGAUUUUAAAUCCUCCACGCCCUUGCUUUCCUCUGUAGAGGAGUUUCAUCCCUCUCCAGCUUAUGCAGCUACUCUAUUGGCUGGAUUCUCGGGAGGGUCCCACGCAAAGAUGACGGUGUCUAGUUUGCACCCGGACACCGACUGACUGACCUCGACCAUGCCGAUGAUAUCGCUUUACCCGUAUCGAGUUUUGGUGACAUGCAGUUUAUGGUGUCACGACGAGGUGACUAAAUCGGUCAGUUUAUCCAUAAACGUUGGGAAGAGAAAUGUGUAUUUAAGCUGCAUACCUGACCAGAAGAAGGCAGCUCUUGGGAUUCAUGUCUGUCAACUUGAAGAAAUAGACAGUUUUAAAUACCUCGGAGCGAGGCUGCUGUCGACUGCGUAGAGUAAGGGCGAAAUUAUCUUCCGAAUUGAUGCUGUCGGCCGGGUCUUCUCAAGCCUUAGAAAUUGCCUAUGGGUUCUACGCGACCUCUCUAACGCCACUGAGAUUCGCGUUUACCCUGCAUCUGUCCGGUCUGUCCUUCUCUGUGGUUGUGAAUGCUGGGCUGUUCGCAUGGAGGAUGAGUGAAAACUGGAGGUAUCUGAUCACUACUGUUUGAGGAUCAUCCUUCGAGUAAAGUACACCUACUUCGUCUUGAAUGAGACAGUCCGCGCUCGCUGCAACAGCAUCGCAAGGCCACCCAAGAAAGACGACUGAGGUGGUCUGGGCAUGCUCUUCGUCGCCCACCUCAGGGGCUCAGUGUUGCUACCCUCGAUCCGGCACCGUUACCCCAUUGGAGGCAUCGAAGAGGGGGUCAAAUCAAAACCUGGCUCGACACAGUUCGUCAAGACAUGGAAGUGGUUCUCGAACCUUCGCUAUUCGAUCCCAGUCAUUGGCGAAGAGAUUGGGUUGGAGCGUCCAGGUCUGCUGUCGCGGAUCGCUACGCGUAGAGAGGUACAGUUCGGGACAUAAUCGAAGUUGGCUGGAUCAGGCAUGAUCUUAGCCCUACCAAUCACAAUUACUCCGCUACGCACAAGUGCGCGCGCAAGUUGCUCCCGGCUCCCUCAUCUCCUAAUGUUGACGGUCUACCUUGCAUCUUGUCUUCAUGUCCUCCUCUGCCGCAGAUUUUGGUGGCCUAAAAACCAUGGUAUUUAAGAAAGCGAAAAACACGACGCAAGUAUUGAGCUUCAAUAGCAACCACGCAAUCAGUCACAAACGCAGUUGCGUAAAAGCGCUAUACCAGCGUGUAGAGACACUGCAGUGAACCGAAAGACGAGGCUGUUGAAUUACAAUACCUUCGACGGAUGCUUAGAGCUAAUUGCUACCCGCACAACUCCGUCAACCAGUGCCUGCGCAAACGAGGCGAGAGACGAAAUCCAACCAGCUCCAAAUUUUAGCGAGCUCUCCAGUACGUGAAAAAAUGUCUCGGAAGCCAUCAGCCGUCUUCUUACGACCCUUGGAGUUGCACACAGACCGGAGGCAACCAUAAAACGCCCUAUCAUGAGACCGAAAGACCCACUGUCACAGCAGGAAAUAUCUGGAGUCGUAUACCGGGUCUGAUGCAGUUCCGGACAAAGCAACUUUGUAGGAAAAACUGGAAGACUACUCCAAACGCGAAUGACUGAGCACGGAGCAGCGGUGAGGAGUAAAGACGCCAGCUCCCAAGUCGCGGCUCGUUUGACGGGACCCAACCACGCAUCUAAGUUUGAAGCAGAAAUUCCUGCCAGAGGCGACAACCGCGUGAACCGCUAACUACUCGAGUCAUGGUUUUCCUGACCUCAAUCAAUCAACAAGCGCUACGACCUUCCCUCUGCAUAUUCGGCGCUGAGACUUUGCUUAGGCAAAAUAAUUAGUCGCGAGGAGAGCGUGCGGAUAACCAUUGUCUCUGGUGUAAAUGUCUGCGAGCCAAACUGCGCAGGAGUCCACACGGAUAACGAAAUCCGGCAGUUAGCAACCCGACUGCGUGCGAUGAGCGUGGGAGCUGAUAAUCUUGACCGGCAUGCAGGCGAAUAUCAACUGCAUGGCAACUGCAUACUUCAACACCUGGCCAGUCAAUUCGUGAUGCACUUGGGAGUUAAGAACUAUAAUAGCCAUAUAGCGGCCUAAUGAUUACAUCCUAUAAAUACUGCAACACCUGGUCAAUCUAAUACCCUUUUCUGACUCCGUCUCUGUUGCUGGAUUCGUGUGGGAAUCCGAAACGUCAGGCUAACGGAGCCUUUGUUCCAGCUAUCGUGUCUCCUUCUUUGAGAAAGACAUUUCCUUCCACGUUUUUUAUAUGCAAAUAACUGUCCUUUGUAAGCCCUUACUGUGGAAGUAGUCCUCAAGGAAUGUGAGCGUCUGCUUUGCCAUGAUUCAGCAAAUCAUGACCCUCGCAGCCCGGUGUGCGGUGGCAGUUCGCUAGCAUCUGGCUGCCUGCGGCAGAUGCACUUGCGCCCCCGCUGGGUAUACAGGUCAUGAGCAUAGUUGCCCAGUCAGCCUCCUUUUUCUGACCCGUUGUGGCCCUGUUGUUAGUUAAAUUCUAGUCAAGUGUAUAUUGUGGAUCAGGGGGUGUAAUCAGAAGAAGAAGCGAUCGCUGGAACAAUGGCUUUAUUCGCCUGACGUUUCGGAUUCUCUCUUGAUUCCAUCAUCAGAGACAGUUGCAGAAAAGGGUGGCGAAUAAAGUCAUUGUUCCAGCGAUCGCUUCUUCUUCUGAUCAACUAGUUCCUGGAACUCGCAUUUUCGCUUGUAUCGGCAAUCAGGGGGUGUGAUGGUACGCCUAGGCGAGGGUCCAGCCGUGCCAGCCACCUGUGCCCUCACCCACCUCCGGUCUUCCUGCCCAUGUCUUGACACCGGGCCCAGGUGGGGAGGAGAAGAGAUUGCGGUAUAUGCUGUGCAAGUCCACUUCUACUAUAAACUAAUUCACAUGCAAGUCACGAUGACUUUAUGUGAAAUCACGUCCUCUUUUCAUCUGAUGUUUGCUGGACUGCGGGAGAGUCUAGUAUAAAAAACGCUUAUUAUUAUUUACACAAUUUGUUAUUUAAUCCUCAUAUUCACUGGCUCUUAAGGUUAUCCGACUGCUCGCUCUGAAUUUCGCCUAAGACGAAUUUCCAUAACCCUGCAUUCCUCUAUAAGGAGGCUCCCCGGUGCUCGAGUAAUAUUGCAGUUGACUUGAAUUCUGUUGCAUGCCUGGUGAGCCGCAUUAAUAUGUCCAAUCGUUGCAGGCGUCGCAAAAAAUGUUCACAAUUAUUAGUCUUUCAAAAAGCCAAACUAUUUCUUUCUCAAUUUGCAGUUCCCUGGCAAAUGAGCAUCACUUAUGAUCCUUAUGAUACUGGAGUCCUGCCAAAUCAAAAGUCCAUCUACAAAAUACGCAAUAGUUGAUAAUUGUUUUGUUUUAGUGGUUGAUGGAGUGCAUAUUCGGAGAUCAGCAUGCAAUCGUGCAGGGUUUGGUUUGAAAUGAUACUGCCUGCUAACCCUCACUGCGACUUAAUUUGAACAAGCUGUUCUAUUCGCAAUCGUAUAGGCAAAUUUUGGUCACCGUUUUACGGGGUUUGAUACAUAGUGCAUAAGUUGUGUUUCUGCGGAAGAUAUUGAUAGUUGUCGUUGGUUAUGAUCGUACUGCAGUGUCAGGACUAAAGUGUGGGCUAAGGUGAAUGGCAUAACACUCUACGUCUUUCAGUAUCACAGUUCCACUUGAGAAGCAUUUUCCAUUUCAAAGCAUGCUUAAGGGUCUUAGCCAAUAAUGUGCUAGUUCCGAGACCGUAUUGUGUGUGCAGGGAACGGGCAUCUUUCCAGACCAACAAUGUGAGCGAGGGCAACUUUUUGCGACUCCAAAUUUUGGACUUUGGCGGCUGGCUGUGAAGGGAAAUUGGGGUGGGUCAUUAAUUUUUAAGAUGUCUUCUCUAAAAGACGCCGACUUUUUGCCCUUGACUGUCUCCAUCUGUAGGCCGAAGAGGAAAAGCGGAGAAAAGAGUCCUUCCAGGCGUGGCUUCAUCAGAAGGAGAUGCAGAGGAAUUGGGAGCGUCUUCUCAAGGAACGCGAGGAAGAAGAGAAGCGCCAGAUGCAAGAAAACCGAUCGAGAGAAGCCAGUGAACAGGCUUUUAAAGAGUACGUCACACCAAUUAAUGCAGAAUAUCAGCUUACUCGGUUAGUACUCCUGGGUACUUUAGGCUGUGAGUGGAAGAAAACCUAAAACUGGAUGUUUUUCGCCAACACUGUAUAAGGAGGAUCUCUCGCAUUAAGUAGACAGAUUUUGUAACGAAUGAAACAUUUCAUUCUCUAGGGCAGUCUCGCAAAGUGUCCCAAGCCCUCCAAGAAAAACGGCGGUUGAGCAAGUCCUCCAUUGGCUUCCCCGUGAGUUCGUUGCCACUGCUUGAUUCCUUGGCAACGAAAGAGGACCCAGAUGUUGCAAUCUCAGGGUUAUGUUCUUUGUCCACCUUUUGGGCUCCCACCGCAAACAGUCGACUUUAAAUCUGAGUUGGAGUGCUACACUCCAUCCCAAAUGUUUUUCCUUUCUGUCGAAGAUGGCGUGAUAUAAUAGAUGGUUUUUUAACGUUGACAUCUAGUUGCACAGAAUGACAGCGAGGAUUGGGUAUGUGGCCCCAUCGAGCGAAUGGAGCACAGGUACUCUAAUAAUACGAUAAAAAUGUUCAUAGGGAUUUAAUGAGUGAGACAGAUAAAAUCUACGGAAGGCAAUGCGAACGCUCACAUUUCUGCCAUAUGUUUGUUUUAUUACCCUAAUGAGGCGUCGGAGCAGACCGCGCAAUUCCAUAGGUGCGAAUUAAAAACGCGUAAACAGGCGGUCCCUGGGUAUUGGCUAAUGAUGCCGGAUUGGGGAAUAUGGCAUGCGGCGGAAAAACUUAACCCUAACUCUAGCGCCAAUCCUUUACCUAGCUCUUGUAUUCAGUCCUACCCGAACCCUAAACCCAACCUCAACCCCAACCUUUCUAGUAAGCUUAACCGUGACCGCAACCCAACUAUGACAUGCCUACGUGAAUGAAAUAAGUUAGAACACUCAGCCCUCGCCACGACAACCGUCGAAGAUACGUGAAAUUCCUCUAAAAUGCAUGCCUUUCAACUCCAUGGAUGACCCCUUCUUGAAGUAUGGUCGGUUGGAAAAUGACUUUAGAAGGGAGAUUCGAGGGACAUUGAAAAUACUACAGCUUUGUGGACCUAUGAGACAGUUAAACACCUUUGUAAGCGUUUUCGUCUCAGGUUCAUUGGUUCUUAAAAUGAAGUGGCCUGAAACAAAUUAAGGAUUCAGGAGGGAUUGGAAUAAGUCGCAAUUAUUAGGAAUCCAGUGAUUCAGGUGUCAAGUAGGUUGACCAAGUCAGGGUGUGGUAUUCAGAAUUCUGCUUUCAUAGCUCAUUAAGUAACCCUAAGGGAAUCCUUGAUGACUAUGCAUUUGUAAAGACAUCUAAAUUUGAGACAUGAAAAAUUGCCCUGUUGCGCCAUUGGUUCAAAAUGUUUGCAAAAAGUGCACAUAUAAAGUACGUCAUUUUUAAAUAGUCGGCCUGAGGCAUAAAGCUGUUGAUACUUUCGACUAUGUGGAGCUUUUUCUUGAUCUGAGAAGGUGUCGGUUGGGCGGAAACCACUACAGUUUGCUUAAUAGUUACUUUGAGAAAAGGUUCCGCGCAAAAAAUUCCAAUGAUCAAUGAAAUCCUUUUUAACGGAUCCUUGAAGGUGGCUGCGGCGGAAGAACCGCGAAGCCCAGCAGCGGGCAAAGGAGAGCAAGGAACGCAGACGAAUCGGUCAGGCGAUCCUUCUUCAACGCCAGCGUUCUGGGGCGGUGAUUCGGGCAUUGCAGCGGGCCAACGCCGGCAACCUCUUCUAUGAUGUGGACCCCGACUUCUAG